UAAUAAAAAAAUAUUUAUUGCAAAUUUUAUUAUAGCAAAUGAACGUGACGCCAAGAGUUUGUAAAUUACAUGCAAUUUUUCGUCGUGGUAUAGUGAACUAUCUAUCUCGACCUUAUUUAAACCUGAACAUUUUUACGAAGAUGGUUCGAAAGUUCCCUGCAAUCUCCCACCAGUUUAAAGAAGCAAAAGACAAAGUAGGAUCUUUAAUUCAAAAUCCAGGGAAUGAAUUGAAGUUAAAGAUGUACGCCCUUUUUAAGCAGAGCUCAAUGAUCUCGACCUUAUUUAAACCCAUUGAACUCUACAACAACUGGAAGGCUAACUUGGACGCCAUCUUUGAAGCCUGCACGAGCGCCGCCAUUGAAGGUGAUGAAGAACAGACCACGUAUGACAACGAAACAGUAAACUCAGCCAUUUUGCUCUGA